UGUUCAUCUACAAGUUGUGCUUGUCGCAACCUCGCACCCUCGGACUACGGCAAACGUCUUGCGAAGUACGGCCAUGGCGCGGCAUCGUCGACAUGGAUACCGAGUCAAGUCAGGUCGAAGAAGUUGACGAUGAUGACCCUGCAUCGCCCACGACUACUGAUUUUCGUUCUUCACCACAACGACAGCUAGUGGACGAACUGCGCAACGGGCUUCAGUCUCCUACAUUGUCAAUCAUAGAAAGGACCAUACCAUCAGUGAUCGAUCAACCUUUCGCGCAAGGCGAAAAUGCCGAGACUUACUUCUCCCGGCAGAACCGAUAUUUUGGGCCAGCAUCUACCUGGAAAUCCUGGACCGAGGAAGAGAGAACCUUAGCACAGAGCCUAGAUCGGGUACGCAGCCAGGACUUGGGUAUCCAUUUGAUCAACACGUCUGCUUUGAAGAAGAAGAGCAGAAUAUCGCGUGCAGAAGGGAGAUGGAAGAAAGUUAGGAAAGGCAAGCAACGAGCUGCGUCGGUCCUCUCGACGACGGGAGAUGAUCCGGAAGAAGAGGCAUCUAGCGGCGCAGGUGUAUUUUCAAUACCGAAGUAUUGGACAGCGUGGCCCAUGCCUGCUGACGAGGUGCCCAGGGAGGAGUUGCUUCCACGAACAGGUACAAGGCAGGGAAUACGAUUGGAUGGUAUUUCGCGGCCGAGUGCAAGCUUGGAAGAUUGGAUUGUUGCAACUGCUACCAAAAUAGCCCGAGACACUUGGAAUGCACGACGAUGGGAGCAUAGGUCUCCAGUGCCAUUCGAGAGGGACAUGAAGAUAGAUCAUGGACCAUCCAAGGUCGAGGUUGAUGACGCUGGAGAUGACAGCUUCGAAGAGACCGACUGGGAGGAAACAUCAGAUUCCGAAUCUGAAGACCCGGACUUCCCGGUCUUCUCAUCUCGACCAUUCCCACCGUCAGAGUCUGCCGGGACGCAAGAGGACGCACAGUUCAAAGCAGAAAGAGAAGAUGGAACCGCCACUCCAGAGCGCAGACCAGUCCCGCUGGCGGACGACGAACAAGCUAAGCGGCUCUUCCUUCCUAGUGCUCGGCACAUCUUGUCCAAAGUUGACGAUCUAUUGCUUGGUCUACAUCACGCGAGGUAUGCUUACGCAUCCAAACCAACGGGCAAAAGAAGAGGCCGAUAUUCGCAUACGCCUGAAGAGCAUUCGGCAGAUCAAGAUCGAGAAAAAAGCAGUUCUCUUCCCGCGAGCGAUUCGAGGAAACGUGCAUCGUCGGCAGACACCGCAAUUCCGAAUGUUUCAUCAGUCCUGGCAAGAUCUUCAAAAGGACCACGCCGAUCUCAGAACCUAGCGUUGCGAGGCUGGAGCGAUGUUGUUGGUAUGGCGUCCCUCACAGGAUGGGACCCGGCAGUAGUGGCGCGAGCCAGUGAGCGCUGUGCAGAGCUAUUUGGCGAGAACAUGCUCUUUCGCACCCUCCAUGAAGGUGCGCCUACGGAAGGCAACGAAUCGUACUUUACGGAACAUCUUGCCUUCGAGACCGAGGGAUCCGAGGAACCAGUCGAACAAGAGCAAGAGAAGUUGCGGAGAUGUCCUCACGAGUCAUGUCCGAGACACACCCUCCCUUUCCGCAAACAAUGGCGCCUCCAGAGACAUUUGGCGGAAGUACAUCGGCCUGGUAGGACAGCCGCGCCACCCCGCAAACCUAGACUGGUGCAGUCGAGAAGUACCAGUCUCGAAGUUAGUGACGUCGAGAUAGACAUGCUCGCACCACCGGAUGCAAUAGUCUGUCCUAUGAAGAGUUGUCAUCGUGGCCAGAAGCCUUUCUCCACGGGGAGAGCGCUAUACGAUCAUGUCCGGAGAAUGCAUCCACAUGUGGAUGUGCAGAAGGUGAAGCGUCUGGAGGCCGCUAGACGUGGGGAGCGUAGAGGGAGACCGACAAAGGAGAGACGCUUGAGGAGCGUAGACCAGCAACGGUGGAGUCGCAGGAUUGAUUUAUCGACCACUUCUUCGGAUGCAUGAUGGCCAUGAUGGUGUAUGAGUAUCUGGGGCUAGAAGAUCAGAUGUCGCUACCAGAUGAAAUCGUGAAACGAUCGACAUAGAGCUAAUGCUUGGGACGAGGCUCGGGAUAAGUUUUGUAUAGUGAUUGGUGGAGACCUGCUUAGUAAUUGACGCAAGGCUUCACUUAGAGAUACCACCAUUGAAGUCCACCUUCGACAACUUCCAC